AAAUACUAAAAUGACGACAGGAUGAAAUAACAUCAUAAAUAGGGAACAGAUGAUAAUGUAACUAAUAAUACAUUAUUCACGAAAAAAGUAGUAGCAGGGUUUCGGAGAAUAAGCGACCAAACGCACAGUUUACAUCUUGCUUGUGUGUUUUCAACGCGUGAAAGUUUCUACCUUAGUCUAAAACCCCAUAAAAGAAGAAAGAAGAGGAAGAAGAAGAAGAAAGUUUCUUCCUUGAACCUUAAACUUUAAUUUUGAAGAAGAAGAAUUAAGGUUUAUUUUUGCAAGCAUGUCUAAGAAGAGAUUUCCACAGCAGCACUUCGGUAGUCUCUCGUCUGAUGACUCGGAAGAAGAGAGCCAGAGUUAUGCUGGUUUUGGGUCAAAGAAGAGACGCCUGGAAAGCACAGAUAAUGAGGAGAGAGGAGAAGAAGAGGAGGAAGAGGAGGAGGAAGAAGAAGAAGAAGAGGAUGAUGAUGAUAGUGAGAGCGAUGAGAAUGACUGGAAUAAUGUCAGUGCAACAAAGUCACAGACCUCUACCACAAGCAGUGUGCCAAGCAAUAGCAACUACAGUGCUUUUGCCCAAAGGAUAAUGAAAAACAUGGGUUACGAGGAAGGCAAAGGCUUGGGUAAAUACGGACAAGGUCUUGUGGCUCCAGUUGAGGCCAGCAAACAGAGAGGACGUCGAGGUCUGGGUCUUCGUAUAGAGGGGCUUGAAGCUCAGGAUAACCAAGAGUGGGACAGUAGUGAAGAGUAUGUUGAAGUAAAUGAGGAAGUGCAGUGGUUACCCCACUGCCCUGAAGAUGUGCCUGACCUGGACACUCUCGAGUCAUGGUCGAGGGAAGGCAAGGAGAAAUUAACAAUAUCUGAUGAGACGGAAUUCUGUAGCCCAGAGGUUUUGGAAGGAAUUCUGAGAGCAAAGACCAUAUUUGACCAGCUUGAUGCGAGGGAAUUACAGAGAAGCAGAUCGAGGAGUAAUCCUUUUGAGACUCUGGGAAAACUUUUCUUCCAAAAUAGAGCAGCUUUGAAAAUGGCAAAUAUGGACGCAGUGUUUGACUUCAUGUUCACAAGGCCUGUAGAUGAAACUGGGGAGUCAUUAGUUGGUUCUGAUGAGGUGCUAUACUUUGCUGAUGUGUGUGCUGCCCCAGGUGGUUUCUCAGAGUAUGUUCUAUGGAGAAGAAAAACAGAUUCAGAGAAUUUCUGUGAUGCUAAGGGAUUUGGAUUUACCCUACGUGAAAAUGACUUCAAACUCCAUGAUUUCUUUGCAGCCCCAGCUGAGUUCUUUGAACCACAUUAUGGCAUUAAUGGUCGAGAUGGUGAUGGAGAUGUGUUUCAGCCAACCAACAUUACAAACUUUGUAAAUUUCGUCCGCAAAAGUUCAGGAGGCCAGGGAGUCCACUUCAUGAUGGCUGAUGGAGGUUUCAGUGUGGAAGGCCAGGAAAACAUACAGGAAAUAUUGUCCAAACAGCUCAUCCUUUGUCAAUUCAUAGUUGCAUUGGGCAUUGUGAGAACUGAUGGGCAUUUUGUAUGUAAAUUGUUUGAUGUAUUUACAUCAUUCAGUGUUGGCCUCAUAUAUUUGAUGUACCGAUGUUUUAAAUAUGUCAGCCUCCACAAACCCAACACAAGUCGACCUGCAAACUCUGAAAGAUAUAUUAUUUGUAAAUGGAAGAGAGAAGGAAUAGAAGAUGUAUAUGAGUACCUCUUUGAAAUGAACCAAAGAAUUGCUGGCCUAAAAGCUACAGGUAUUGAUGUUCUGGAGCUAGUACCUCUUGAACAUUUAAAGAGUGAUGAAGCUUUCACAGACUACAUCAUCAAUUCUAAUAAUACCAUAGGUUACAGACAGAUAAUAAGUUUACGCAAAAUACAAGUGUAUUGUCAAGACACCCAGUUGAUUGAAUCGCGACAAGCAGAGCUUCGUUCACAGUGUCUGGAACUUUGGCAGCUCCCAGAUAGAACAAGAACAGCUCCACAGCGUUCUGAAGCCAAGGUCAAAUUCAUGGAACUCUUGAAUGGUGAAAACCCAGAUUACAUGUGCCAUCCACCUGAAGACCUCUCACUGGGCAACUUUAAGGAGAAACUUCGAAGUCCCUACGAUCACCGCUGCAUGAUCCUAGCCUCACCCCGAGAUGGAAGGAAGGAUAGAGCCUUUUAUCUGGGACUUGGUGGCUGCAAUGUGUUCCGAUGGGAGGGUCGGGCAGUUAGUUCCUGGAUGCGUGUGGACACAAAAUUGGAACUCCCACCCAAUACCCUGGUUUAUGCUGAAUUGGUUGUUGAACACCGAGGGGAACACAAAGCCCAGCGCAAACUAACAACAUUCCAUUUGAUAGAUGGAAUAGUACUCAAUGGGAAGGAUAUCAGAAACUUACAUAUUGUUGAAAGACACAACUACUUAAGAAAAUUUGCUCUUGGUCUCAAUAAACCAAGCAGACCAGACCUGGCACCUAUAAGAUGUAAGCAGCUCUACAAGUUAGAAGAACUUGGGGAUGUCUUGGCACCUCCCAGACUGCACCAUAGGUUGAUGAAAGGAGGAUCUCUACCAAGAAGAGUAUACCUAGAAGUGGAAGGUGACUCAGACAGGGAAUCUUAUUACACCAUUCCCACAGCACUGCUUCUGGUCAAAUCUACCAAAGAGCCUUGGAUGAUGGCAUUCAGUAAGAGUCAAAACAAGAAGUAUUGGUUUAAUACAAGGACUAGACACUCUACCUUUGAAUGUCAACAGGAAUUCAUAGCACCAUUUAGUUCUUCCUACAGUGGGAGCCUGAUAUGGUGGUGGGAUAGCAGUGUUCAGGUUCUCAGUGAUGAUGAACCAGCCAAAGGCAGGCUCCACCGUGAUGACCUGCUCUCUCACCUUAUUAGUCUGCGCUGAAGGCCCUUGCACAACUUGUAAUCAAUUAGCCCUGUACUUUAAUUUUGUGUGGGAAGUUUCUGUGAAAUUUCUUAUUAAAUUGUGAAGAGAUUACUAAAAAAAAUGAGAUAGUAGAUGAAGUUUCAUUUGAAGAAUUGUAUCUGGCCAUUUUUCUAUGGAGAAAAUGUAGGUAGGUUAUAAUGUUUUGGAAGUACUCCAUGUUGUUUUAGGUUUUAUGUCUGAUUUUGAUAUCAAAAUCUCAUGAGUGCAGAUUGAGAUGUUAUAUUGAUGUACAGUCAGAGACACAGCUAUCAACCCAGAUUUUGGCAACAGCAUAAUGGAAAGGUUGAGAUAAUUUACAAUGUCUGAUAUGUGUACAUUUAGCAGACAUUACUGUUUAUUGGGCAUAGUUAUAACUAUGGCAGAUUUCAGUCAUUCACAUAUAUUACCACAUGUAGGCUGAACUUAGGUCUGCGAACAUUAUUUCUUUCAUUGUUUCAUGCUGUCAGGAUGUUCUGCUUGUAUUAUGUUUGAUGUAGUACAGCCAGUAAAAGCAAAGUAAAAUACAGAUGUGGAACAGAUGCCUAUCUAUAGUUUACACAAAUGUCUAUCACCAUACCACCAACAUGAAUGAACACUAUCAAGUGAUAAUGUAAUGCAUGAAUGUAAACUGCUGAUUACUCUGAUGUUUCAUCUUUAUAUGCCUUUUAGAUUUAUGAAGGCCCCUGAAAAUCAGUUGUUCCAUACCAGUAUUGUUCAAUAAUCCAGUUUCUAAAUCAUUUGUACUGAUCGUACUCAAAUAUUUUGAAGUAUUACCAUAAUGGACUCCCAAAUCUCCAACCAGUCGAGCAUACCAAGUAACCAUAUAUUGUCAUUGAGUAUCGUAAUGUUUUGAUAGGUUUAAUAGUCAUGAAAAACAAAAACAAAAGAUAGUUGUGUUUCAACUGUACAUAAUAAUUUCUGUUUUACUGUACUGUGUAACUGGUUUGUCUUAAAACAUGUGAAACUUGAAAAACUUGUGCACUGUUUACCAUUUCUUACUAUAUUAUUUUAUUUAUUGAAACGUUAAAUCCUCCAACAACAUGGUAAUGUAGACUGGUAACCCUCCACAUUUAUUUAUUUCUAUGCCACUCCACCUAGAUGUUUCAUUGCCAA